AUGGCCGUUGGCGCACAGACUGAUCAUGUCGACGUCCUCAUCGUCGGUGCCGGACCUGCCGGUCUGAUGAUGGCGACGUGGCUCGCCAAGUGCGGCGUCAAGACUCGCAUCGUGGACAAGCGAGGCACAAAGGUCUUCAAUGGCCAAGCUGAUGGUCUCCAAUGUCGAACUCUGGAAAUCUUCGACUCUUUUGGCUUCGCCCACAGGGCCUGGAUUGAGUCCAACCACAUGUUGGAAAUCAGCCUUUGGAACCCCGAUGAGAAGGGCGUCCUUCGAAGAUCUUCGCGCAUCCCUGACACCAUCCCUGGCAUCAGCCGCUUCCAGCAAGUCGUCCUCCACCAAGGUCGAAUCGAGAGAUUCUUUCUCGAUGCCAUCAACGAAUUCAGUGAAGGCAAGGUCUCGGUUGAGCGUGGCGUCAUCCCAACCAGUCUGGAGAUUGACGAAAAGACUGUCGAGGACUCCGAAGCCUAUCCCAUCACUGUCAACUUGCGCCAUCUGAGUGAGGAGGAAGCCCGGCCCAAACAAACGGCCACCUCCGUCAAUGGAACAGUCAUCCAAGACGGCCUGUUCCGCAGCAACCUUUCUCCCGACGACACUGCCGAGAUGAUCAAGGCAGCUGAGCUCAACCAAAAGGCCGACACGGUAGAGAUCGUCAAGGCAAAGUACAUGUUGGGAGCAGAUGGUGCUCACUCAUGGGUUCGCAAGGAACUUGGUUUCAAGCUCGAGGGCGAGUCUACCGAUUACAUCUGGGGCGUCCUUGACAUUGUACCCAUUACCGAUUUCCCUGAUAUUCGCAUGCGAUGUGCCAUCCACUCUGCCAAUUCUGGAAGUGUCAUGGUCAUCCCAAGGGAGAACAAGCUGGUCCGCCUGUACAUCCAGCUCACCACGACAGAAAAGAUUGGCGAUCAAGAUUCUCGAGCAGACCGCUCAUGGAUCACACCGGAUGUGAUUCUCGAGUCUGCUCAAAGAAUCAUGGCGCCUUACAAGCUGUCUUACCGAAAGCUGGACUGGUGGACAGCGUACCAGAUCGGACAGCGUGUUGGCUCAAGCUUCUCUGCCCACGAGAGAGUGUUUUUGGCUGGCGAUGCUGUUCAUACUCAUAGUCCCAAAGCUGGUCAGGGUAUGAAUGUGAGCAUGCAAGAUUCUUUCAACCUUGGGUGGAAGAUUGCAACCGUGGUCAAGGGGCUUGCCAACCGCUCUAUUCUGAAGACGUACGAGUCUGAAAGGAAGGGUAUUGCGCAAGCCUUGAUCGACUUUGAUCACAAGUUCUCACGACUUUUCUCUGGUCGACCAGCGAAGGACAUUAUGGAUGAGGAGGGCAUCAGCAUGGAUAAGUUCAGGGAGGCCUUCGAGAAGGGCAACAUGUUUGCCAGUGGCAUUGCUGUUGACUAUGCUCGAAGCAAUAUCGUUUCCAAACCGGACCCGGAUGACGAGGCCUCUAAGGCCGCCAAGCUCCAGGCUCUCGCAUCCGAGGUCAAGCUUGGCAUGCGCAUUCCAAGCGUCAAGGUUCUCAACCAGUCCGAUGCCAGACCCUGGCAUCUUCAGGAGCUUCUCCGAAGCAACGGCACAUGGAGGGUCAUCGUGUUCCCUGGAAACAUCGACCAAGAAGGACAGAAGAAGCGAAUGAACAGCCUCUGCGACAAGCUUUCGGGCCCAUCAUCAUUCCUCAAGCGUUUCACACCACCAUCAGCAAGAUACGACUCUGUCAUUGAAGUCCUGACAGUACAUGCCGCUAAGCGCCAAGACCACGAGAUUUUCGAUUUCCCCGAGGUUCUACGACCAUAUGACGAGGUGGAUGGCUGGGACUACAACAAGAUCUUUGUGGACGAUCAAUCCUACCACGAGGGUUAUGGACGCCUGUAUGAGACGUUUGGUAUCUCUCCCGAGCAAGGCUGCGUGGUCAUUAUCCGGCCAGAUCAGUAUGUGUCGUACAUCGGCGAGCUUGAUGACUACGAGUCUCUUGAUGGUUUCUUUUCUGGUUUCUUGAUACCACAAGGGGAGGCAAAGGAGGCCAAGGCCUAA